GCGCUAUCCAGCCGGUAUUUCACCAGCCUCGCCGAACUCAAUGAGUGGUACAACAACUAUUCACCCGUCACCAACCGUCAUACCAACCCUGAGGAGAAGCUCCGAUGUGCAAGAGAACCCUUGCACCGAUAUAUAUCCCCGCCUAUCAAACCUGCCGUUCCUCCUCAUAGCCCGCUCACCGACAGAGCCUUGGACCACACGAUGAAGCUCAUGGUGUGCCACGAUUUCCGAGGUGGAUACCAGUCCAACGAAGAUGACAACCCCCUCGGCUACUUUCCUCACCCCUCAGGUAAUCGUUACUUCCUUCAGUUUCCCUCACUCGUGGAUAGCUUCGUCUACUUUUCACACCAGCGCGUCAGCGUGCCUCCGUUUCUGUGGAUCAACAGCUGCCAUAAACAGGGUAUUUCCUGUAUGGGAACCAUCAUCAUGGAAGGUGACCAUGGCACAGGACCUUUAGAACUAGAAGAGCUAGUUGGGAGAAACUCCCAGGCAGAAUUCCGUUACGUAAAUGUUCUCACCAGUCUUGCACGCUUUUAUGGCUUUGACGGAUGGUUGCUCAACGUAGAGACCGUUUUCCCCAACCUGGGUCACAUCAAAGAUUUGAUACCCUUUGUCGAGCUGCUCAAACUGGCGCUCCACGCUGCCAACCCAGCUUGGAAGUUGGUCUGGUACGAUUCGUACCAGGUGAAGAAAAACCGCGUGUCGUACGUGAACGGUUUGAGCUGGGACAACUACGACUUCAUGAAGGCUGCUGAUUGGUUUUUCACUAAUUACUGGUGGAGUGACGCUCACUUGGUGGAAAAUAUCCGGAUCUCAGGGCUUGCGGGGGUACAGAAAUCGGUUUACGUAGGCUGUGAUGUCUGGGGCAGAGGCGAAAGAACCCACCUAGGAGGGGAGGGGGGAUACAACACGUGUCAAGGUUUACGCUCAAUCAAGCAGUAUAUGACCAACGGUGUAUUGUUUGCACCUGCGUGGACCUACGAGGCCUUGGGUGAGGACCAGUUUGCAAAGAAUGACCGGCAAUUCUGGAUCGGUUUGGGAAAAGAAGACGGUGGAGAGAAAACGGAGAUCGAGAGUGUUUCGACAUACGCCACAUUGAAAUAUACACCGGUGUUUGAGCUAACCCCUGGUGAUACCAAACCAGAGUUUUUGUGCUAUACAAACUUCAGCCAGGGUGGUGGGAGUCUGUUCAGCUGCCAGGGCAUCAAAGUCUUUUGGGAACCAUGGGUCAACGGCAGCUUUCAAUUUGACGUUCCGCUCGCUCGACUUGGCGGCACCUUGGCUAUGGCUCUUGAAAACAAUGACGCCUUUCAUGGUGGGAAUUGUGUAAAGAUCACCUCUCAUGGCUCCACACCUACUCCUCUUAACCUAUUCAGGUUUAAUAGCGAUUGCUUGCAGCCGAAUAUUGAUGUCACAGUCCACUUCAAGUAUCCCUCAAAAGUGCUGGGUAAUUUCCAAGUUGAAUUGAGAUACCUCUUAGAAAGACGAGUGAGAUCCAUUUCUCCCGUCUUGACGGGUGUCUUGAUAGUUCCCCUCAUUCCAGAUACUGAUAACGAAGGUUGGCAGGAAAUUCAUGUCAAAUUUCCUACUCCGUACAGAUCCCGGUUUGAGUAUUGCGUGUUGCAAGAAUGUGCCAUCAACUACGUGGAGGAGUCUGAUGGGGAUGAGUGGGUGCUUGUAUCUGGUGCUAAUAGUGAAUGUCUCAUUGGGGACAUUUCCAUCCUGUCGGUUUCCGACGACACAUACACCAAGAUGAACUCCCUCGAUCCAGUUUCCGAGGUGAGAAUGCUUCUAAGACACGGUUCUACAAUUAUUGAAUGGGAUGAAAACUUGGACUUGGUUCUUUACUGGUGCGUGUACCUUGAUGGAAAGUUCAAGGGGACGGCCCAUAGUCCGAUAUGGUAUGUAACUGGUGAACCUGGGACUGUCAGAAUUGACACGGUAACACGUUUUGGCGUUGUUGUUACAGGUAAA